UUACAGAUUAUCAUAUCUUAGACAUCAUAGUCUUUUCUUAGUCUUGUUGCGUGAUCCCAAAUAUAUUCAUGUCGAUUAAGAAUGUGCACCUUCUUCUCCUGGUGACGAUAUGCAUUGCAUCCUCUGCUAAUGCUCAGUUUCCAUUUCCGUUUCCAUUUCAACCAAGUCCAGGUAGUAUGCCAGGAAUGCCUGGUAUGAGCCAAUGUUGGUCAACACUGAUGGAUAUACCAGGCUGUUUUGCAGAGAUCAGACAAUCCAUUAUGACCGGUAAAUUCGGUAGCAUAGGUCCUGCUUGUUGUAAAGCUUUUUUAGAUGCUGAAGCCAACUGCACAAAAGAUCUUCCAUUCAAACCGUUUUUCCCUCCUAUGCUAAAGGAACAAUGCUCGCGUGCUGCCGGUCCUUCAGCCGGUCCUCCAACGACGCUGUAA